AUGAUUGAAGGCCUUACCCUGAGCUACAUGUUAUGGUGGUUCAUUACAAUUUACAACACCUAUGCUAUUUGCACUAGGAUUUAUAUUUAUGUUUACUAUUGGAGGGUUAAAUCUCCACUUAGCUCUCCCUAA